AUGGUUGAUAAACGCAGCAACAUGGCCGCCGCCGACGUGGUGAUCCCCGAGGAUUUUGAGCUGCCAGUCGACGCUUUCGACAUUCCGCAUUGCUAUGAGGGUGACCUGAACGCCGUCAUCAUCCCGGAGGGGAUGAUCAAGGACCGGGUGCGAAGGCUGGCCAAAGAUGUACAUGCAAAGAUCGGAGACGCCGAGCUGAGCCUGCUAUGCGUGCUGAAGGGCAGCUACAAAUUUUUCACAGCUUUGGUAGAUGAACUGUCAUACGCCCGUUCCUCGUGCACUCAACCGAUGACCGUAGAUUUCAUCAGAUGCCAAAGCUAUGAAGAUACCCACUCGACAGGAAGAGUCGAAAUCGUCGGCCUCAGCAACCUGUCGGAGCUGAAGGGCAAGAGCGUUUUGAUCGUCGAAGACAUUGUCGACUCGGGGCAGACAUUGGCCCGUCUUUUGCACACCCUCGAAGAGUUGGGCGUGAAGAAGACGUGGACGACGACGCUGCUCAGCAAGAAGGUCCCACGAAAGGUGGACGUCCAAGAAGACUUCAUCGCCUUCCAAAUCCCCGACAAGUUCAUCGUCGGCUACGGGCUCGACUACAACCAAAAGUUCCGCGACCUCAACCACAUUUGCGUGAUGAGCCCGAAGGGCAUCGAGAAGUACCGCAACAAA